AUGGCAGCCAAGCGACUCCCACAGGAACUCGAGAUGGCCCACAUCACCGACGACGCAGAAUCCCUCCCCUUCUCGCCAAAGCACGAGAACGACUGCUUCCGGCAGAAGUUCCACGACAUCCCCCGCUACCUCUUCCGCGUCUUCACGCCCAUUUCCGGCUCCGCGACCGAUGGCGGCGGCUGGGCCCAGUCCCUCGACUCUAGACAGAGCGGCCCGGGCAGCAAGAUCGACCUCUUCGACCGAGGCGACAACAAGAUUGUGGCGGACAUGCUGAACAAGCACCUCCGGUGGCAGGACGCCGGGGACAGCAACGUCGUGUCCUGGACCAGCUCGCUGCUGUACGCCCUCGUGUACAUGUACCAGCUGCACGCCAGCACGAGGGAUGGCUCGAGCUUCGAGGACAUCAAGCUCUGCAUCAUAGACACGACCGGGUGUCCGGACAGGAGCUUCGUGAGGGACAUCGACCUGAUCCGGUCCUUCAGCCUGUUCGACAUCGGGCUCCGGGACCUCAAGAACCUGCGGCUGGGCAAGUCGCAGAGCAAAUCGUCCGGGUGCUACUACUUCGGCGAGUACCUCUCCCAGGGCGCGCUGAAGAUCAAGGACAGGUGCCAGGUCGUGUCGGCGAUGGACGUCAUCAACAGCGGCCUGUACAGGAUGCUGCCUGAGCUGGAGGAGUUCGAGGACUGGAACCGCGAUGAGAAACCCCCCUGCGCGCGGAUGGUGGUUCGGCUUCGCAAGAGCCUGGGCUUGAGGGUGUCCGUGGCGGGGAGGGAGGUUGACGGCGGGAUCAGCACCGCGCUUAAGAUUGCGCAGCUGUUCGAACCUCGCUGGAGACUGCCCAUGGCUGCCAGCUUAGUUGCGCUUAUCCCGAACUUAUGCUCAGAUGCAGAGAUUCUGAGGGCAUUCCGAGGAGACUUAUUCACAGACGCCGAGAGGAGGCUAUGUUCUCCUGAGAGGACUGUCAUCAUGGCAUACGAAACUCUGCCAGAGGUUCAGAAAUUCAACGAUAUCAUGAGGAGCGUCUACAAAGACUUCUGUCUCUCAAAAUCAAAAGAAUACGUUGACCGGGCGGAAGGGCUGGUCCGCAGCGCUCUCCUCUGGGGAGGAUCAACAGACAGUCCCAGUGCAUCGGACCGUGACAUGACUAUCCUCGACCCGAUAUACGAUGACAUUGUAGAUCAUUUAGACGACAUAAUCAGAUGGAGUAGUUCACUACGUCAAGAGAUGCUCAAGUCCCGGAUGGUGUUGGUCGAUACUGAAUCAUCCGACAAACAGAGCUUUAAUGAUUCGCUUGAGUUUGAGGUCGGUGACACUACGCUGUCAUCAUCUCCGACCGAGAUGGAACAUAGCGAAAUUGUUGACUGUGAAGCGUUCCCCUUCAAGUCUUUGGGAAAUCGCGAAAGGUCCGUCAUUGGAGGGCUUUAUAUCGAUCCAAUCUAG